AUAAACGCGGGAGGAGACUGGCCUGUAUAAAGCGUUUCAGAUGUUAAAAUGAUCUGAAACAGAAACGAAAGUGAAACGAAGCAGGAAGGCGUGAUCUGGCUGUAUAGACUGACUCCUAUUCAAUUCCACGUUGACCAGAAGGAUCACGAUGGAGGAAUAUCAGUAUCCUAUCGUUGUAGAGGGAAACUUGGAGUCUGAACACGCUACAACUGUGAAAAAUAAACUUCAGAUUCAUUUUCAGAGUAAGAAGAAAUCUCAAGGAGGAGACUGCGUCGUGCAAUAUGACAAUUGCAACUCUGCUACUAUUCUGUUUAAAUCGUCUGACAUCCGAGAUAGCGUGCUUUCAAAGGCCGAACACAUCAUUACCAUUGACAGUCAGCAAAUCAAGCUAAAAGUGUACAAACACAGCAAUGAAGCGGAAAAGACAGACGGCACUGCAAAACAAAUGGUUCGAGGGUGUGGAUAUCAGGAACCAAAUCAAAGUGCCUCUCAGACUGAUGUGGAUGUGAAGAAACCACAUGAGUCAGGUGCUGUGGUCCUGGAGAACUUUCCACAUGAUGUUAAACGAGAAGUUUUGACUCUUUUGGUGGAGAACAUCAGCAGACUUUCUGAGAAUGACUUUAGCAUGGAAUUAAUACCAGAAUUACGAAAAGCAGUUGUGACCUUUAAAAAUCCCAGUGCUGCAGAAAAAUUCCUCCAGGACAGCAGGACACAUGAUAAAUUCAAGCAGUAUAAUCUGAGGGCUUGUGCACUGGAGAGAAGCACAUGUGUGCGAGUAGAAGAUCUUCCACCUGAGGCCAACAACGAUGAAAUGCUGCUGGAACUGUAUUUUGAGAAAUGGGGCGGUCCAGUAGAGGAAGUUAUCACAAUUCCAGCAGAACAAGCAGCCAUUAUUAUUUUUAAGGAGGAAGAAGCCAAAGAGAGAGUUUUGAAGCAAGAGAAUAAAAUCUGUAAUGUUCCAGUCAAGAUAUAUCCCUACUUCAGAUCACUUAGAACUGUAUUAUAUGGUGGCAAAAGACCCCAUCUGAAGCUGCCUGAACCUGUUACAGUCAGUGUACAUCCUGGCAUCAGGGACUUUAUCCUCAAGAAAGGGCAGAUUUCCUCCAUUAAAGACCAAAUGAGCUCACACUUCUGCCAAAUAAACAUGGACAAAGCUGACGUUUUGCUCAGUCCUGAUCUAGCAUUACUGAAACAGAAAGGAGUUACCAGAAGACACAUUGAUAGCUGGAGUGAAAAUACCAUUGAUGCCUUCAAGAAACUCAUCUCAAACUACACAACAUCUGAGUGGCCUGUUACACCCACCUUGUGGUCUAAAUUGGAGAGUGAAAUGAGGGAAUUAGUAAAAGAUCAGGUAUUUACAGAUUUCGAUGCCUCUAAAGGGGUGCUGACACUGGCAGGAAUGACUCAUGAGAUAAUUGGAUUAAAACCCAUUAUGGAGAAAAUGUUAGAGGGAGUAACAUAUCAGUUUGAGAGAAAGAAGAACAGUGUGACAGAGUACAUGGACAUUUCUCCUGCCGUGUACUCUCUGCUCAAACAAGAUGGUCUGAAGUCUGUUUCUCCACAUCUGCAAACUGACUACAACAAAAAAAUGAACAGAUUAGUUUUAUCAGGGCUUAAUACAGACAUUAUUGACAUCAAAAAUUGGGUUCUUGAGAAGAAAAUAAAUAUCAAACAGAAGCACUUACAGAUUGAUCAUUUAGUCUUGGAUUUCUUGAGAUCAGUGGAUUGUGAUGAAAUGUCCAGAGAUCUGUUCAUAUCUCAUGGAAUAACUGCUGUCUACACAAUUGAAAAUGGAAAUGUUGUUGUGACUGGUAGCACAGAAAGAGCACUUAAUGAUGCAGAGAAGAGGAUAAAUACAGUUCUUAUAACCAAAGACCUCACUGUAGAAGAUCAGGGAGUCUUUGAAAUGACAGAGUGGCAGGUUCUCAAAAAACAGCUGGAAAAUUCAUUCAAUAGUUUCAAGAAGAGAUCUGUGUUUAUAAACCUUUCGAAGUGGAGAGACAAAGUAACAGUGACUGGGUGCAGGGAACAAGUGAUGGAGGUCAGUGAGGAUUUAGGACGGUUCUUUGAGAAGCACACUAGAAUUGAAGAAACUGUUCAAGUAAAAUCACUUGCAGUAUCAGAAUUCAUAAAAGUAAGAAAAUCACAAGACUGGCAGCAUUAUAUUAAGUCUAAUGAGGUGAAAAUUAGUUUUGAUCCAAAGAGACCCUGGAUCAAGCUGUCUGGAAAGCACCAAUUUGUCCAGUUGGCUGUCACUCUGUUUAAAAAGUUGGCAGAUGAUCUCUACACUGACACACUGAUCAUUAAAAAGGCAGGAGUAAGGAAAUACUUCAUGGAGCAGGGUAAAAUGAUGCUCUCAAUGCAGUUUAAGGAAAAUAAAUUUAUGGUGGUUUUUCAAGAAGAUGAUAUGCUGGAUUCAGAGGAAGUUGAGUUCACUAAAGGUAGUUUUGAAGACGUUGGCCAGGUCUCUUGUGAGGUUCGAAUACCAGGUGGAGUAACUGUUACUGUCAGGAAGGCAGAUAUUUGCAAGAUCAAUGUUGAUGCUGUGGUCAAUGCUGCUAAUGAAGAUCUGAAGCACAUUGGUGGAUUAGCUCUAGCACUUCUCCAAGCUGCUGGACCAAGUCUGCAGCAAAUCUGUGACCAACACACAAAAGCCAAUGGACCUCUAAAGCCUGGAGAUGCUAUCAUCACUGAUGCUGGUCGUCUUCCCUGUAAAUAUGUGGUGCAUGCUGUUGGACCUCGUUUCAGUGAUUCAGACAGACGUAACACUGAGCAAUGCCUGAGACGUGCUGUGAGGGAAAGUCUGAAAAGGGCAUCAAGUAAAAACUGCUCCUCCAUUGCAAUUCCAGUUAUUAGCUCAGGGAUAUUUGGUUGUCCUCUUGAUCUUUGCACUGAAUCGAUUGCCAAGGAGGUGCAUGAGUACAUUGAAUAUCAUAACCACAGAGGCUUCAAUAGCACAUUAACUGAAAUUCACCUGGUUGACAAUAAUGUCAGUACAGUGAAUGCCAUGACUCAAGCUGUCAGAAAGGAGUUUGCUGCUUAUAACCCCAAAAUGACUUUCCCUCAUGAAGCUAAACCCCAUGGGCAUAGUGACUAUGGACAAAUCUAUCAUGGAAAUGGUCGUGAAAAAUAUGAUCAAACAAACAGAGAUUUUGAAAUUGCCAAAGGUCAUGAUAAUAGAGACUUUGAAGAUGAUGCACACUGGAGAAGAGAAACUUCAAGCUAUGGUGGCAGACCAGAUGUAUCUGAAGGACUGAGUGUUCUUAAGACCAAAAUUACAGAAGAGGGACUAAAAAUCAUUCUGAGCAAAGGGAACAUCCAGGAUGCGAGUGCUGAUGUCAUUGUAAACACUAUAUCAGAAGAUCUGGAUCUCAGUAAAGGUGCCGUCUCCAAAGCACUCCUUCAGACUGCUGGUCAUCAGCUCCAGUCAGAAAUCACCAGAGCUGCUCGGUCAAAGAAUGUGAAUUAUGGUGAAAUGGUCAUCACAGUUGGUUAUAAACUGAAAUGUUGCAAGGUCUUCCAUGUUGUUUGCCCAUUUUGGCACGGUGGACAAAACUCUGCAGAUAAGGUACUGAUUAAGAUCAUUAGAGAUUGCCUGAUUACAGCAGACACGCAAGGAAUGGCUUCAGUCGUCUUCCCAGCGAUUGGGACUGGGAAUCUUGGCUUUCCUAAAGAUCUGGUGGCCAGAAUCAUGCUGACAGAAGUCCAUAAAUUUAAUUUCAAAAACAUUCAAGAGGUAACUGUGAUUGUGCACCCUUCUGACAGGGAGAGUAUAGAGUGCUUUACUAGCAUCUUUAGACACGGGAUUCAGGGUCUCGCAAUAAAAGGAGCACAUCAAUAUCUCAUCCCUAGAUCAAAUCUUUUAGCCAAAUCAGCUCAGACCUCUGGGGUCAUUGGCAAAGUCUCCACUCGCUCUCUUGGGGUGCACACUAUGCAGAUGGGUCAGGUGACUCUGGAGGUUUCUUCAGGAGACAUAACUAAAGAAACAACUGAUGCCAUUGUCAACUCCUCAAAUCAGAAAUUUUCUCUGAAAGCAGGAGUAUCCAAGGCCAUUUUAGAUGCUGCUGGAGUGCAAGUUGAACAAGAAUGUUUACAGACAGUGGGAUUAUUAAAUACACAGCAAACAGAGAUUGUGACCUCAGCCGGGCGGCUUCCAUGUGGAAACAUCAUCCACAUCAUUGGACGAAAUAAACCAUCUGAAAUUAAGGAUGUUGUUUUGUCUGUUCUGAAGUUAUGUGAGGCACGCCAGAUUACUUCUAUUGCUUUCCCAGCUCUUGGAACUGGUCAGGGUGGUGCGAAAGCAGCUGAUGUUGCAGAGGCAAUGGUUGAUGCUGUUGUUAAUUUUGUAAGGAAAAAGAAACCGGUGCAUGUACGGCUUGUGAAGUUUCUUAUAUUCCAGACAAACAUGGUGGCAGACUUCCAUCAAACCAUGAUCAGACGAUCUGGUGAGAAAGUAGAAGAGGAUAAAAGUCUGUUUACCAAAUUUAAAGAUUUAUUGUGGGGAAUUCCAGACUCUCCUGCAAAUGAAGAGUUUGUAGUUGCUGGGGAAGUAAUUGAGCCAGCUGUGUUUCAGCUGUGUGGGGAGACACCAGAGUACCUGAGUGAAGCCAAGGGCAUGAUCAAAAGCAUGAUAUUACAAGAGCAUGUGACCAUCCCAAUCCAUGAUCCAGCCAUUAUUCAUUUCACAAGGGAGGAUGGAGAAUUGCUAAGCACUAUGCAGAGGGAGCUCACAGUCAGUGUCCAGCUUGAGAGGAAAGGUCAAGACUCUGUGAUCACGCUGGAGGGUCUGACAAGAGAUGUUCACACUGCAGAGAGUCGUAUUCGAGACAUGAUCAGAAAGGUGGAAAGAAAUGAAAACCGAAGGCGUGAGGCUUUUAUCAUUAGCAGUAUAGUUCAGUGGCAAUAUCUAGAAAAUGGACAGAGCAAGAAAAACUUUGAUAUAUUGACCAAUUAUGACCUGGAGCAGGCCUACCGGAAGAGACAGCCAACAGUGAAAAUCAAGAUUAAUAAUGAUGAAUAUGAAGCUAAUUUAGCUCGCAAAAUAGCCAUAAAAGGGAGUCUGAGGAUUGAGCUGAACAGAGUCAAUUUGGAAGAUGCAGCUCAAAGCCCUUUGCCUUCACACUGGGAGGACAUGAAAGGACAGGCAGUUGUUCUUGUAAAACUCACAGCAGGCUCAAAGGAAUAUACAGAAGUUGAGAAAGAGUUCACAAGCACCGGACUAUCUAGUAACAGCAUCAUUAAAAUUAAAAGAGUCCAAAAUAGUGCACUUUGGAGAAGCUACAUGAUCAAAAAGCAGGAACUGGAAGACAAAAACAAACACAAAAACAACGAAAGGUGUCUCUUCCAUGGCACUGGCCCUGAUAAAACAGAUCAGAUUAACAAUCACGGCUUUAAUCGCAGCUUCGCUGGCCAGCAUGGAGCCAUGUAUGGGAAUGGUUCAUAUUUUGCUGUGGACCCACAAUACUCAGCUCAAGGGUAUUCUAAACCUGAUGCCAAAGGACACAAACGCAUGUAUCUUGCCAGGGUGCUUGUUGGUGAUUACAUUCAAGGAAAACAAGGCCUUCCUGUUCCCCCUGCGAAGAGCUCCAGUAGUGCUGAUCUCUAUAACAGUGUGACUGACAACAUGACCACCCCAUCCAUGUUUGUGAUCUUUAAUGAUGUGCAAGCUUAUCCAGAAUACCUAAUCACCUUCCAGUAAUGAUUAUGAGAACUCAAUUUUAGUCAGACAGUGUUGUUGUUCUAUUUUGAUAAAGUUGAAAACAAUAUAGGAAUUACAAAAAAAUGUUAGAACAUCUUUUCUGUGUAAAUAAAAAAAAAACAAAUAACUUUAUAGGUUUAAUCAGCAACUGUUUGUUUUUAUCCUGCUAAUUUAACAUUGAGUAAAGCCUACUAAAGAAAUUGGGUUCAAGCUGUAAAUUUCUGAAUAUUCAGUAGGUAACAUUAAAUUUAACAAAAGUUUUGACUUAAAUCCCAUUUAGCAAAUAAACUAUUCUUUGUGGCCCACUUUAAACAUUUCAGAUAAACCUUGUUUUAUGUUACUAAUUACACUACAUCUCUAUAAUGUUUUUAGAUUUGUGUUUAUGUGAAGAUUUUUUUAAUAAAUAAACUUUGUUCUUACAAUCACAAAA